AUGACCGAACCAACGACCCAUCCAGCAAUUCUAACCAUCGCCGGGUCGGACUCAAGUGGAGGUGCAGGCAUUCAAGCCGAUUUGAAGACUUUUGCUGCCCAUGGAUGCUAUGGAACCAGUGCGAUAACAGCGUUGACGGCGCAAAAUACAACUGGAGUACAGGAUGUGCUCCCUUCUCCUCCAGAAUUCUUGCAGAAACAAGUCACUUCGGUCCUCUCUGACAUUAAUAUAAAAGCUAUUAAAACUGGCAUGCUUUUCGACGGCAACAACGUUCGAGCCGCAAUAUCUGCACUCAAAUCCCAUUACUCUAAUUCAUCCGACGUUGCUGGGAAUAUCCCACCGCUCGUAUGCGACCCAGUAUGUGUGAGCACUUCAGGACAUACACUGCUAGAUCCAAGUGCCAUCGACGUCAUUAUCGAAGAGCUCUUUCCCCUCACCGUGCUCGUAACACCCAACAAAGCGGAAGCAGAACUAAUUCUUUCCCGUCGUCAGUCCUCUGCUGCAACGUCGCGAAGCAUUGAGAGUCUUGAGGACAUGCUCUUUGCAGCGGAAGACCUGCUGUGCCUUGCUUCGAAAGCUGUCCUGCUCAAAGGUGGCCAUCUGACGGUAUCAGCAGAGGAUGUCAGCAGAGUGGCCUCAAGCUAUCCAAACCUGGAGAUAGUCCGAGAUGGCAUCAUACCAAAUGGGGAGAACAUGGAAAUUCUGAAGGUCAACUCAAGCCUGGCUGGAGCUCAACUCGUUGUGGACGUUUUACACGAAAUCUUAGCGAAUGGACAGAAGAAAACAACAAUACUAUGCCGUCCUCGUAUUGAAUCUACCAACACUCACGGAACAGGUUGUACGUUGAGUGCAGCGAUUGCCGCUGAGCUAGCCUUGGGCUCUACUCUCACAAAUGCUGUUCGACGCGCAGUGCAAUAUACUUACCGUGGUAUAGCAACCGCGAAUUCUGCUAUUGGGCACGGUCAUGGGCCACUCAAUCAUUUUCAUUCGAUGAGGGAAAUCGUUGUGCCCAAAAUCACUCCCACAAACCCUUACCCUCUCACAACUCUCCUUAUACGUAGGAGUGCUCGCGUUUGGAAGGCUUACGUCGAGCACGAGUUCGUCAAGCUUCUUGGGAAAGGGACCCUUCCACAGAAGAAUUUUAUUCAUUUUAUCAAGCAGGACUACCUGUAUCUCAAGUACUACGGCCGAGCCUACGCGCGAGUGAUAUCUUACUUUCUCCUACUCGCCGCAAAAUCCAACUCUUUCCCCGCGAUCGACUCUGCCACACAGAUCGUCCUUAACGUUCUCCGAGAGGUCAACACGCAUGAAACUUUCUGUGCCUCCUUCGGUAUAACCAAAGACGAAUUAGCGAGGACCCCAGAAUCCCCAGCCACAGCAGCGUACGGAGGCUAUCUCAUUGAUGUUGCCUUGAGAGGUGAUGCAACGCUGCUCCUAAUGGCCCUUCUCGCCUGUCUUUUGGGAUAUGGUGAAGUUGGGCUUUGGCUGGAAAAGAACGCGAAACCUGGAAAUGGUGGAUGGGUCAUUCUGCAGGGUAAUCCGUAUCUACGAUGGAUAGAAGAUUAUGCUGGCGAGAAUUAUCAGCGUGCUGUCGCAUUAGGCUUAGAAACAAUUGAAGCCCGAGCCACAAUGGACCCUCCGUCACUGAGCCGUUUCGCGGAGUGGUACGCGGUAUGGGAGAGAUGCACAGAGCUGGAGAAGGGAUUCUGGGAUAUGGCCAUGAACUUGUCGUGA